CACCUGUUAUCGUUGAACCAUGGAAUACUUUGGCCUGCCGUCCUUCUACUCCUAUGGCUUCUGCCUCCUCCUCGCUCUCCUCGCCCGUGCCCUCUUCAGCGCCCUCCACAAGCCUGGUCCGCGGAUGCCUCCCGGCCCAUGGCAGCUUCCGGUGAUCGGCAGCCUCCACCACCUGCUGCUGCGCCGUGGGCUCCCACACCACACCAUGCGCGAGCUCUCCCAGCGCUACGGCCCGCUCAUGCUGCUGCGGAUCUGCGAGCGCGCGGCCGUCGUCGUCUCCUCCGCGGAGGCUGUGCGGGAGGUCUUCAAGGGCCACGAUGCCACCUUCUCGCAGCGGCCGAGCAGUCCGGGCAUCGACGAGCUCUUGCGGCACGGCCAGGGGGUGAUCUUCGCGCCCUACGGCGACCACUGGCGCCUGCUCCGCCGGAUCCUCAUGACCGAGCUCCUCAGCCCGCGCCGAGUCGAGGCGUUCCGGCGCAUCCGCGAGGAAGAGGCGGCGCGCCUGGUUGCGUCGCUGGCGUUGGCGCCUCCGGCGGGCCAGCCCGUCGACGUCGACGAGCGGCUCAAGGAGUUCAACGCCGACUCGUCCGUGCGCGCCAUCAUGGGCGACAGGCUGCGCAACCGCGCCGCGUUCCUGAGGUUGGUCGAAGAAGGACAGGACCCUUCGUCGCUGUUCGACCUCCGAGACCUCUUCCCGUCGUCAUGGCUCGUGCGGAUGCUGCCAAGGAGUGGCAAGGCGGAGCGGCACCGGCAGAAGAUAUUCCGGCUCAUGGAAGACGUCCUUCUGAACCAUCGGGAGAGGACGACGACGACGACGACGACUAACCAAGACACAGAAGGCGAGCUGGACAACAUGGCCGACGUGCUGCUGAGGAUCCAGAAGGAAGGCGACAUGCGUGUUUCUCUUAACCAUGGAGUCAUCAGGGCAGUGCUCAUAGAUGCUGUUGGUGCAGCUCUUGACACAUCCUCGACUACUCUACAAUGGGCCAUGGCCGAACUAGUUGCGAACCCGAGGGUGAUGGAAAAAGCCCAGUUAGAGGUUCGAAAGGUCAUGGCACCGCAGCAGAGAGUGACUGAGGCAGCUCUAAGCGACUUGCACUACCUCAAAGCAGUCAUCAAGGAGACCUUACGAUUACACCCUCCUGCUCCGUUCGUGCCAAGGGUGUGCUUGGAUGAUUGCAUGGUACAAGGAUACCAUGUACCGCAGGGGACGAUAGCCAUCACAAACGUUUGGACAAUCUCUAGGGACCCAAAAUACUGGGAAGAACCUGACAUGUUUAGGCCGGAAAGGUUCGAAAGUGGCCAAUGUUUCGACUACAAGGGGUUUGAUUUUGAGUUCACUCCAUUCGGGGUUGGACGGAGAAUGUGCCCCGGGAUAAAUUUCUCGCAUGCGAAUGUUGAGAUUGCUCUCGCUAGCCUCCUGUACCAUUUUGACUGGAAGCUGCCAGAUGGAGCGAAGCCGGAGGACAUGGACAUGACAGAAGUUUGGGGAGUUACCGUAAGAAGAAAGGCUAAGCUACUUUUGCAUCCCAUUCCUUGUAUUCCACUUGUAGAUGAACCAUGAAUUCAAAAAUAUGUAGAUUGGGUCUUACUCCAAAAUAUAAACUCCUGCAGAUGAAAGGUUAAUCAGUGUGCAGCUGCUACGUUUGUAUGCAAGUAUUUUAGUACAUAAAUAAAUAU